AGAAACAAACGCCUUCGUUUACGACCUUUGCGACCAUCGGAAUACGGCAGUGAGAAGAAGAUGGCGGAGGUAACAAAUGAAGCAGAGCUACUCAAGGAGAAGGCAAAUAAGUUCUUCAAAGAUAAAGACUAUGAAAAUGCUAUCAAGUACUACUCAGAGGCCCUGGAGCUCAAUCCAUCCAACGCCAUCUACUACAGCAACCGCAGCUUGGCGUACCUGCGUACGGAGUGUUAUGGCUACGCCCUGGCAGACGCUACGAAGGCCCUGGAGGUGGACAAGAACUACAUAAAGGGAUAUUACCGCCGCGCCACCUCCAACAUGGCGCUGGGCAAAUUCAAAGCUGCACUUAAGGACUACGAAACGGUAGUGAGGGUUCGACCGAAUGACAAGGAUGCAAGAAUGAAGUACCAAGAAUGCAACAAGAUUGUGAAGCAGAAGGCGUUCGAGAGAGCCAUCGCAAGUGAUGACAAAAAGAAAUCAGUCGUUGACUCUCUGGACAUAGAAAGCAUGACCAUCGAGGACGACUAUGUAGGGCCCAAACUGGAAGAUGGGAAGGUGACGUUGCAGUUCAUGAAAGACAUGAUGGAUUGGUUCAAAGAUCAGAAGAAGCUGCAUAGAAAAUGUGCUUAUCAGAUUUUAAUACAAGUAAAGGACGUUCUCUCAAAGCUACCAAGUCUGGUUGAAAUCACAAUAAAAGAGACAGACAAACUAACGAUUUGUGGGGACACCCACGGUCAGUACUAUGACCUCCUCAACAUCUUUGAGUUGAACGGUUUACCCUCAGAGGCCAACCCUUACCUCUUCAAUGGCGACUUUGUGGACCGAGGCUCCUUCUCCGUUGAGGUCAUUCUCACCCUGUUUGGCUUCAAGCUGCUCUACCCAGACCACUUCCACUUGCUCCGAGGGAACCACGAGACGGACAACAUGAACCAGAUGUACGGGUUUGAAGGCGAGGUCAAAGCCAAAUACACAGCCCAGAUGUUCCAGCUGUUCAGUGAGGUCUUCCAGUGGCUUCCUCUUGCUCAGUGCAUCAACAACAAAGUGCUGGUCAUGCAUGGAGGACUUUUCAGCGAAGACGGUGUCACAUUGGAGGAUCUCAGGAAGAUUGAUAGGAACAGACAGCCUCCAGACUCGGGUCCGAUGUGCGACCUUCUGUGGUCCGAUCCACAGCCUCAGAACGGCCGGUCGAUCAGCAAGCGAGGCGUGAGCUGUCAGUUUGGUCCCGAUGUGACGCAGCACUUCCUGGACCAGAACAAGUUGGACUACAUCGUGCGAAGUCAUGAGGUCAAAGCUGAGGGUUAUGAGGUCACUCACUCAGGGAAGUGCAUCACCGUGUUCUCAGCACCCAACUACUGUGAUCAGAUGGGAAACAAAGGCGCAUACAUCCACCUCAGGGGAUCAGACCUCAAACCUGAAUUUCACCAGUUCACUGCUGUGCCUCAUCCGAAUGUCAAGCCGAUGGCGUACGCCAACACGCUAAUGCAGCUGGGGAUGAUGUAGAGGCCGCGCGGCGAUGACCUGCAGUCGCUCCCUUCCCUCCCAGCUCAGCCGCUCCGGGGCUUGGUCAUGUCGUCGUUCCUGCUUAGUCUAAGGGGUUUCUCUCCCACACAAACGUCAGCUAGUUGUGGCGCAGAAACCGAGGCGUAGUUCUGAUGGGAAGAGAGCGACCUUAGACGAGCCCAGUCCAGAUUUCCUUUUUAUUCCAUCACGUUGUUUUUUUUCUUUUUCCUGGAGAAUUUCUGUUGUCCAUUUGCCUGCUUCAUGCGUGCCAUUACUGAGUUACGAAACCAACACUGCAAAAACACCAAAUAUUACCAAGUAUUUUUGUCUAGUUUCAAGUGAAAAUAUCUUAUUACAGUUGAAUUAAGACUAAACUAACUUGCAAAAUUAUCUUUUGAUAAGAUAUAGAAGCUUUUUUUAAGUAAAUAAUUCCUUAAUUUAGAUUAAAAGUACCAAUUUCACAGCAGAUUAUUUCACUUUUAUCACAGUAAAAAUAUCUUGUUAUAUGUAAAGUAUCUGAAAAUGGAACUAGUAUUUUUCAUUGAUAAAGGAAUUAUUUUCCUAAAACAAGCUUCUAUAUCUAAGAGUUACUUGUAAAUUAGUUUUCUUAUUUCUAGGGUACUAAGAUAUUUGCACUAGAGUAGAUGAAAAAGACUUGGUAAGAUUUAGCAUUUUUGCAGUGAAGACCUGUGGUUUUUAAAACUCCUGAUUCUCUCAGCAGAUGGCUCGAAUUAGCUGGUUUGUACCAAAGAUACGUAAUGAAAAUGAUUGUUCAGUUUUAGCAAGAGGAACUUGUGACUCUGGAUAUUAGCAUCCCCACGUUGGCCUGCAUUCACAGUUAAGCAGUUUGCAAAACGGUUUAUGGAGCCGCAUGUCUGUCAGUGUUUCUCAAACCAACUUACGGUAUGUUCGACUUUUAUUUCAAGAAUACAAAAUCGAACUCUUUGUGAUCUAAAAAAAAAAAAAACCCACUCUGGGUACACUUUUAAAGGUGCUGUUUGCCAUUAGUGAUGUAUUUUGCUGGUACAGUUUAUUUUGCACUUCUGCAUUGCUUCCUGUUGGGGAAGGUACCGCCGCUCCAUGUUUUCAUCCUUCGUCGUUGUCGUGCCACAGACUCGGCAGCUCCUGCACAGUCCGCUCAUCCAACUAGCUAGCUAGCGAACACUGUUGGCACUCUAGUCUUCAAUUCAUAUUCAGGCUUAUUAUCCCAUGUGUGAAUUUCUGCAUUACACAAAAACAUCCAGAAUACAAUCCUGUCGUGAAACGCACAGCUAUACUGUCUAACGGCCCUGAACUUUUUAGAUAAAUGAAUACACUUUAGUGUAUGUAUAUAUACUGUAUCAUUUAAAGAUUCUGUGUAAUGUUUGGAGAAAAUUAUUGAAUUAAAAAAAAAAAAGACAGUCCAGUGA